GGCACGCUUCGGUAACAACGGUGUUGAAUCACGCGAAGCACGGUUUUCUUUGGAAACGCUUUCAAUGAGAACGGAGACAUGAGCGAGAGUUCGUUCGCUUCGUCGUUCUCGUGCAAUGUAACUUGAUGCAACAAUGUUUCUGUGACAAAAACACUCAUUCAUCUGAUUGUCGUGCUUUGUGUGGACAUACGACGUUGCAUGAUUCAGGACCGAUGUUUGGUUAGAACUCAAAUCGUGACUUCGCUUGAUGCAUCACGUAGAGAUCUUCGACAGCUAUGUCCAAUGAGGAGCGCCUGAGGAAGCUUUUGUCGGAUCUGGGAAAGGCCACUCUGCGCGGGGUCCGGAAGUGUCCGAAGUGCGGCACUUACAAUGGCUCGCGCGGACUCUGCUGCAAAAAUAAGUAUUGUGACGCGGUGUUCAAGGAGCCUGGCGAAAAGCGCAAGUUAUCCACGGAGGCGUGUAAGCUGAUCACAGGUUCCACCGUGCAAGUGUUCUCCGUGCGAGUGAGAGACAAGGGGCCCGACUAUCGUGGCUUCGUGCAAUUACCCUUGAUAAGCGCUACCAUCUCGAGUGACAUUACGACGUUCAUGUCGCAGAACACUGCUUUGUGCUUUGUUGACAGCUGUGAGAGAAGCUUCGACACCAGUGUACUCAAAUGCCAUGAGAAAAACUAUUCGGAUAUGUCAGUGUCGACCUGCCAGCAUAUUCAAGCAGCACUGAAAUGUUAUGCUGAGGCACAGCCGUUGACUCUGAAGAAUUCGAUUCUGUCGUCGUUGAACGUGAAUAACGAAACCAAGCAGGAGAUAUGGCUGUUAGCGACAGAGACCUCUGGGCCCUUGGUGCAGAGAGUCUCAAAAAAUAUAAUGGUGGUGAAAUGUAAAGCUUCCCCCAAGCAUCCGUUGGGCUAUCUUCACUUCUCUUUUUUCAUCACUAAAUUGAAGGACAGAAUAGAGCAUCGUUACUUCUGCAGUUGCACUACGUUUAAGGGUACGGUGAAGGGUACCGCGACGGGGGACAAGAUGGACAGCGCUUUGUCAACGCAGCCGAAACGUUGUGUGCAUUUUUACGCGUGUAUUUGCGCUUUCGCCAGCGAUCCAAAGUUGUCGGAGGAAUUUAGCUAUUAUAUCAAUCUAGAUCAGACAUUGUCUGCUGUACCGGAACCUGUAACGACCGUGGCGCAAAACGAAGAGGAAGACAAGAUCGUUGGAAUCGAUCUGGAUAGUUUAACCACAGACGAGACCGACACGCAUUUCUUAAUUUUCCGCGACGACACUUUAACUGUGCAAAGUUUAGAUGGAAAUAGACUUGACCUGGAUUCUAUGAAUCUGGACUCCUCGAUUUUAUCACAUGGCAUCGUCGAAAACAUAGAAGUGGAAUGCAAUCGCAGUUUGUUGGACGAUAACAACAUAAUAUCACAGGUUCAUAAUUUAGAAGUGAUCGAACAGGAUGGCGUUCAACUGGACGGGAACACCAUAAAGAUUUUGGAUGAUCAAGCGACAAUCGACAAUAGGUAUAACGUCCUCAAUAGUCAGUACAUAUUGAACGACAACAACUUAAAAAUACUAGACACGAGUACGUUGAAAGUGCUCGACGCGAACACUUUGCUGGGCGUGAACAAUACAAAGGUCGUCGACAACAGCACUGUCUUGAAUAGCAGCAUCAAGCUAAUCGACAAAAGUAACACGCUAUUGCAUCACAACAACAAGAGCACGUCGAAUCCCGAAAACAACGCGACGCAACCGGUGAUCUCGAGCAAACGAAAGAGGGAUGAAAAAUCCACGUCUGUUAACAACAGCAGCCUGAACCUGAAUUCAAUUGAACCCAGGAAAACAAAAACGAAGUCGCAGAUCGUCAAAAAAUACCAGAACGCGACGCACUACGACGAUCUCGACGAGGCCAAUACGAGCCUGCCGUUCAUCAAGUGGCUUGCGUCUAUCACCGAGCGGAUAAAUCAGACGAUGCAUUUCCAGUUCGACGGCAAGCCCGAGCCCCUGGUGUUUCAUGUGCCGCAGAUAUUCUUCGACUGCCUGCGAGAACGGAUCUCGUGCGGCGGCAAGAAAAAACGUCUGCCGAAUUCGACGACGGCGUUUGUGAGAAAAGACGGUGUGCCUUUGGGCACGUUCACCAAGUAUACAUGGCAGAUCACCAAUAUCCUACACGUGAAGAGUAUCUUCGAGACACCAUACAUACCGUUGGAGAUCACGAGGAGCUUCGUACAGAAUGCCGACGGCACGUACGAAUUGUACAAACGUGAAGAGACAGAAAUAGAUCGUUACAAGAAGACGAAUAAUAACGCGCUGAUUAAACCGCUAGAGUUAAAAACGUUUUUGAAAGUGGGAAAUACUUCACCAAAUCAAGUCGAACCUACACCGUUCUUAAUAGAGUGGAUACCGGAUAUUCUGCCAAUCUCGAAGAUAGGUGAACUUAGGAUCAGAUUCGAAUAUGGACACGUAAAAAAUGCGACGAAUCACAAAUGGAGGAAAAUCGCCCUUUCUAAGAAUUAUUAGAUUCAUACUGCUCUCGAAGUACCGAUCGUUGUGAAAUGUUCAGAGGAUCAGAACGGUUUCGAUGGUGGCUUCCGUGUUUCGUCAGAACUCUACGAAUUUAUUCGAUGUUAAAACUCCAGGUUAAGCAAUCUGGAGUUUUAUUGGUGGGUUAUUUGUAAGCUUCGAUAUUACUUCGUGGUAUCCAGAACGAUCGAAUCGAACUGCAUACUUGAUGGUUGCAUGACCAACAACCAUUAUAUCUCUAGCAGGUGAUAAUAAGAUUUCUGGAAUCGCUAAUUCGAAGACUGAUGCAGUUCUCGCGAUUAUAUGAACAUAGCACGACUUGACGUUAGGAGAUUUCGACCCAGUUUGCGUGACUACGUGUAAAUUAAUCUAAAUUAUGAACUGUUGCUGCGCCGCUUCAGGCGUCUCUUUAUCUUUUAUAUUUUUAUUUAACUUAAGAGGAUGCUGAAUAACGACAAAAUAUAGUUUUCGUAGUUUGCAUCGUUUUUCCGUUUGGUUGUGUAGAAUUAAAGAUAAUUUUAAGUUUAAUCUACAAUGUACUCCUUUCUUCGUCUGCUUUCUUCCUCUCCUUACUUCCUUUGCUUUCUUAUUCUCUGUCCUUUUUUCUCUGUCCUUGUUAAGAUUUGAGUAAAAAAGAGAUAAAAAGAAAAAAAUAGAAAAUAAGAAAUACAUUGUAGAUCAAGCUUUACAAUGUGAGAGUGCAUAAUUUUUGUAUACAAAUUAUUUCUUUUGGAUAUAACAUGAGGCAACCUUUAAUAUAUUGAUAUCUGCGUUUUCACUUUGUAAAAGCAUCUUUAAUUUAAUGCAACCAAAUAAAAAACAGUGCAAACUAGGAAAAUCGCAUUAUGUAAGGAUAUCCAGCAUCUUCUUAAAGCGAGAUGAAAACGUCAUGUGAAGAGUAUAUGAAUCAUGAGAAAUGUGUUAAUAUUAUUAGUAAUUAUAUUGCGCCGUAGCGUGAGUUUUGAAAUAUUGUGAUACAUAUUGUAAAUAUAUACUUUAGAUUUUAUGCCGUUAUGUGUAAAAAAGUAUAUUUAUAUUAUUUAAUAACACAAGAUAUUGUGGCUCUGUUCUGUAAACACGCACAUGCCACAUAUGUAAAAUUAUAAAAUUGAUGUUAGGUACAGUCUUCGGUAUUUAUUUAAUUUACUUUAUAUUUAUAAUAAUAUGUAUACUUUA